CAUCGUCGCGAGCGUCGGUUCAGGUUCCCGACCAGCAGGUGGUAAUGACCAGACAGGAGAUGCAACAAAUGGUGGCGGAGGCAGCUGCGCAGGCGGUGCAGCAAGUCACAAGCAAUCUCUCUCGGGCUACCGCGAUGCAGAACACUGUUGCAGGGUCAUGCCAAAAUGCAGAAGAGGAUGAAUCCAGCUAUGGCGGAGGCGGGCCCCCACAUGACCGGGAGAUGGAAAGAAUGGCGGAACAACUGCAUCAAUUGCAGGCUAAGCUGGUGAAGUUGACGAAUCAAUACUCAAGCGCGGUGGCUCAGGAGAAGACGUACUUAACCCUGAUGGCGAUGAGACAAGGAGAGAAGGAGUCACUGCGCAAAUACGUAGCCCGAUACAAUCAAGCUUGUUUAGAAAUUCCGUCGGCAAUCGAUGAGGUCAAGGCGGGAGGAUUGAUUAGGAGUUUGCGGGCAGGACCAUGUCAGACCUCUCUGGCUAAGACCCCUGCUCAUACGUAUGAUGAGGUGUUGAGGAGGUGUAGGAAAUAUAUUAAUCUCGAGGAGACUGAGGCGGAGUUUACUAAACUAGAGGAGUUGGGUCGAGGGGAGUCGAAAAAGGAGAAAGCAGUUUCGCCUAAGAGGAGAGCCUCGCCCAGGAGAGAAGGACGAGCUAAGCAGAAUCGGGGACGAGAGGAGAGAUGGAAGGACCGACCCAUCUCUAGGGGGAAAAGAUUCCAUGAUUAUACCCCGUUGAACGCGAAGGUAGCCGAGGUCUUAAUGGCUAUGGAGAAAGGGAUAGAUGGGAAAGAGGUAACAUGGACGAGGUCGAGGUUCGAAGGGCCAACUCAACCGAAGUCGAGGAGAUAUUGCCGCUUCCACAAAGACUAUGGCCAUACUACUGAGGAUUGUCGACACCUCAAAGAUGAAAUCGAGCGCCUUAUUCGAGCAGGGCAUCUCAAGGAAGUGUUUAUAGACACAGGAAGUUCGGUCGAUGUCAUGUUCUAUGAUUGCUUUGUGCAAAUCAAUCGGGAGUUGAAUGUGGAGCUAAAACUGGUAGCUACGGCCUUGUAUGGUUUUAAUGGUGGGGAGGUUGUGCCCAUGGGAGAAGUGAGUUUAUGUGUAGCAUUGGGGAAAGGAGCGACAAGGAAAGUUCGAAUGGUGAGAUUUGUGGUCGUAGGAGCUGAAUCAUCCUACAACAUCAUAAUGGGGAGAACGAGCCUGAACGCGUUCCAUGCGGUCGUAUCCACGUACCACAUGACGAUCAAGUAUCCG